GCGGCGUUGCCGGCCUGACCUGCUCCGAGCGAGUUCUGCGCGCGCGACCGGAGCUGCAGGUUCUGCUCCUCGAGUGGCAGGACCGGCUUGGCGGCAGACUUUGCAGCCUCAAGGUCGGCGAUGUGACGGCGGACGCCGGUGCGGCAUGGGUUCAUGGCACUGACGGCAACCCUUUGCUGCUGGAUGGCCUACUUCACAAGGAGGACAUCUUACCGAGCAGUGGCCACAACAUCUGGCUGCACGGUGCCGCUGGCGGCGACAGCUGCAGCUUCGUCCGCUCUCCGGAGGAUGACCUCUGGGAGCGGCGACUUGCUCAGCUUGGGAGCGCCGCCGGCCGUGGCGUUCCAGGAAAGUCCCUCCAGGAAGGACUUCGAGACACCGAAGCUACACUCGGGCCACUGAGCGAAGCCGAAGCCAGGCGUCUGCGGCUUCUGCAGCUUUGGUUUGGGACUUCUGCUGAGGAGAUUGGCAUGCUGGAGUGGGACUCGGAGCAUGGAUCCAUGGGCGACUAUCCUGGACCUCAUGCUGUCCUAAAAGGCGGUGCAGAGUCCCUCGCAGCACGUCUGGCUGCGGAUGCAAAGCGGCGCGGCGUCCAAGUGCGUUUCGGAGAAGAGGUGGUGCAUAUGCGAGAGGAUCCAGCAGGUGUUGUAGUACACUGCCGAAGCGGCCUACGCUGCCGUGCCACAUGGGCAGUGCUCACCGCGUCUUUGGGUGUGCUGAAAAAGCUGGGGCCAAGUUUCAUCGAUCCAGCUAUGCCAGCGACAGUCCAACGUGCUCUGUCACGCCUACAGAUGUGUCAUUACAACAAGAUCCUUCUCGAGGUUACGGAGAAGGCUGCAGCACGAUUUCCCGUAUGGACAGACAUAGAUUCGAGCUACUUCUGGCAACUUUUCAACUACUGGCCUCUGAAUGGCAAAGCGCUGAUGUCGAUUGCUUCGGUCAUCCCAGAAGCACAGGAGAUGUCUGACAAGGAAGCACGAGAG